CACCAUUAUCUCGCGCCGCGCUCCUCCUCGACCUUUCCCGUGGGCUGCGCGCGCGCGGGUGAAGAAGGAGCCGCGCGUGCUCGCGUACGUGCGGCCGCCCGUGCGGGUGGUUGGACUCGGACUCGGAUGUGCAGCUGGGUGCGCGCGGGAUGGUGUUCGCUGUGUCCGGCGCGAGGCUCCUCGGGGUCGUGCGGCCCGGCGGCUCGGCGCGAAUAUCUGGCGGGGAGCGGCGGAGUGCGGUGGACUUGCCGUCGCUGUUUUUCAGGAGGAAGAACGCCUUCUUCUCUCGUACCGUUCUGAGCUGCGCUGGUGCUCCUGGAACUGGAACGGUGCUGGUUGCGGAGGAGAAGGCAUACGCACCAACAACUCAAGCAACCUCUGCAGCGGCUGAAGCAAUCUCAGAAGUUGAAGCUGAGCAGAAGCCUGCUGAGCCCUCAGAAGUGAUUGAAGGCACUGAUGAAACCGAUGAGAUUGACCCAAUGCUAGAAGGGUUUUGGUGCCACCUUGACUGCCGCGGGAGCAGCGAAAAUCCAAGUCGGCCGGGGAAACGGAGCCCGGACCAGACCCAGCGCGGCGGCGGCGGCGGAUGGAGGCGUGGCGUGGCGGUCGCGCACGGCGCAAGGAGCGCCGUCCGAGUCCGAAGUCCAAACGAGACGGAAGCGGGAGGGCCGCCGAAGGGGGUGGGCACUGGGGACACUCUGCAUCGAGUUGGACGGCGUCGAUCAAGCGGCUCUAAGAUCGAACGCCUCCGGCGAACAGCCGCGCCGGCCGAGAUGUCUGCUCCCUCCGCGGCACCACCCCCACCCCGCACCGUGAUCUGUGUGGGCGACGUCCACGGCUACGUCACGAAGCUGGAGAGCCUCUGGUCCAACCUCGAGGCCGCGCUCCCCGCCGACGCCUUCGCCACCGCGCUGGUCAUCUUCCUCGGCGACUACAACGACCGCGGCCCGGACACCCGCAGGGUCCUCGACUUCCUCCUCGCGCUCCCGACGCGCCACCCCGCGCAGCGCCACGUCUUCCUCUGCGGCAACCACGACCUCGCCUUCGCGGCGUUCGUCGGGGCGCUGCCGCCGCCGCCCGACGGCUCCCCGUUCUCGGCCACCUGGGACGAGUACAUCCACUACGAGGAGCACGAGGGGUGGUUCCGCGGGCCGGGAUACGAGGGCAUGCACGUGCAGGGGAGGCGCUGGGGCGGGGUCAUCAAGGAGAGGUGGAACCCCAAGAAGGGGCUCCCGUACAAGGGCUCCAUCUAUGACGCGCAGCCCACCUUCGAAUCCUACGGCGUCGCCCAUGGUUCCCCUGAACUCGCAAAGGCUGUGCCAGUGGAGCACAAGAGGUUUCUGCAUGACUUGGUCUGGAUACAUGAAGAGGAAAAUGUGCCAAUUGAUACGGAUGAAGGACAAAUUAUCUGCAAUCUGAUUGCCGUCCAUGCUGGCCUAGAGAGGACCAUAGAUUUGAAUGAGCAACUUAGAGUUUUGAGAACCAGAGACACAAGGGUGCCAAAGGUUCAAAUGCUUAGUGGGAGGCAAGAUGUUUGGAACACACCCAAGGAUCUGGCUGGCAAGCAGACUAUCAUUGUAAGUGGCCACCACGGGAAGCUCCACAUCGACGGCCUCCGAUUCAUAAUCGAUGAAGGUGGUGGUUAUGAAGACAAACCUAUUGCAGCUAUCGUUUUUCCUUCAAAGACAUUGAUCAGAAGUACCGAGGAAGCAGGAACCACAUCACACAGCUGAUCUAGAUAUCGUCAGGAGCAUUGAACACGGGGUGCAGUUUUUUUUCCCUGGUAAUUACUGCUUGUACUCAUGUAUCCUAUGUCAAACGACAAUAGGAACAACGUCCAAAGGAAAUAAGUCGGUGAACCAGACCAUGUGUCUUCGCAUGUUUAGUCACUACUGUGAAAUGUAACUAUUUGAUACUGUCAACUUGGACGAGAGACUGUACAUCCUCUUUUUUACGGCAAUAAUUCAAUAAACUUUACAUCCU